UAAAAACACCCUUUCAGUGUCAUCAUAUAAAAGCCAAACCCUGACCAAGAACUCACAUUCACGUUUAUAGAAGUUGACAAUAUGAUGAGACAUAUUUAUCUAUUUGCUGUCUGGUUUCAAGUUCUCGGGCUUGGUCAAUCAAUUCCUGAAAGCUUAGAUGGAGCUCUGGAUAAAGUUUGGCAAAUUCCACAAAAAGAUGGAAGCUUACGUUCGAUGACACACAGUGAGGCACUUAAAGAAGCCUUAGAGUAUGAAGCUGAAAAAGAUUUUAACGCAAGGAAGUUUAACAAAAUACGAUUCUUCUUAUACACUCCCGAUCAUCCAACUGAACCCGUUGAAAUUGACAAGAAUAAACCAGAGACUUUAAAUCAAUCAACUUUUAAUAACAAAUACCCUACAAGAUUUAUGAUUCACGGCUGGAAUGGUGGAUACAACACAACAGAGAAUCGAUUAAUUCGAGAAGCUCUUCUUCUGCAAGGACGCACGAGACAAUUCAAUUUCAUAGCUGUUGAUUGGUCAGUUUACGCCGAGUCCAAUCUUUAUAUUUCAUCACAAAAGAGUGUCUCAAAGGCAGGACGAAUUAUAGCCGAGUUCAUAGAUUGGUUGCAUGACUAUGGCAAGCUUUCAUUUGAUAAUCUGGCAUUAUAUGGACACAGCUUGGGGGCUCACGUUGCAGGCUUCACUGGAAAGAAUGUCAAAGGAGGUAAAAUUCAUACUAUCAUUGGAUUAGAUCCUGCUAUGCCGUUAUUUGAGUAUGGCAACGUAAAAGGACGUCUAGCUGAAACAGAUGCCAAGUAUGUGGAAUCGAUUCAUACCAAUGGUGGAACGUUGGGUUUCCAUCAGCCCAUCGGAAGAGCUUCAUUCUAUCCAAACGGUGGAAGAAAUCAACCAGGUUGUGGACUGAAUGUGGGCUGUUCACAUGGACGAUCUGUGGAGUUUUUAGCGGAGGCAUUAGCUUUGUCGGAAAAAAAUCGAUUCGUUUCAUCAAGAUGUAAGGAAUUUGAUGCAAUUAAGGAUGCAUCGUGUAAACGGAAAAUAAAUAGUAGGAUAGGUGUUCGUUUGGGCAACCCGAAUAAUUCCUUUUAUGCUAAGGGGAUAUAUUAUCUGGAGACAAAUAGUAAGUCACCAUACGGGAUUAAGGAUAGUUAAAAACAAAGUCCAGAUGUGUUAAGGGUCACUGAAUGGAAUUAUAAUUUUG